GCACUCUUCUGUACUCCUUGGCAUCUGCAAGUGGAAUCUCUGUGAUUCCUACUACUCGCCGUACAAAAAGAAUGGAGGGCUUUUCGCCAUUUAUGUGGAGUUAAAUGCAUUGUUUUGUAGUCAAAUACCGAUAGCUGUCAAUUAUUAGCACAGUGCUCUCAGACCCAUCUCUUCUCUUUCUUCUUCUUCUUCUUCUUCUCUCCGCUGAAAAUCAAAGAGGGGGGGUUAAUGGGUUCAGAAGGAAGCUGUAGCCCAUUAAUUGAUGAGGAUUUGGAGUGGGAAAAAGUGGGUUUAAUGAGGGCAUUUGUUGAAGACAAAGAUCCACAAGCUAAGGAGGCAGACAAUUUCAUGAUCAGAAGAUUCUUGAGAGCUCGUGACCUAGACAUAGACAAGGCCUCUACCAUGUUCCUUAAAUAUCUCAAAUGGAAGAGGGAAUUUGUCCCUAAUGGAUUUAUAUCGGACGCUGAAGUGAAAAAUGAGCUUGCUGAGAGGAAAUUCUUUGUGCAAGGAUUUGAUAGAAAAGGCCACCCUUUAGGCGUUGCGUUUACAGCUAAAUUUAAUGCUAAGCAUGGAAUGGACGAACAUAAGCGUUUCGUUGUGUCUAUCCUCGACACAUUAUGUAGCAGAACUUCAAGAGGUCAAGAGAAGGUCAUGAUCAUUGCAGAUUUGAAAGGCUGGGGGUACUCAAACUGCAACGUCCGAGCUUACCUUGCGGCUAUAGAUAUUUUACAGGUUUGUUUGUGGCGAAACCAUAGAGAUUGGCUUGGUAUCAUUUAUUGUGCUGCAUGUAACCCUAGAUUGGCUUGA